CAAGUUAUAACCGAUUUUUUCGCGACUCUUCGAGCGUCUCGUCUACUGGAGGCGGCCCGGGAUCGGGCCACCGGCGAGCACGGGCUUACGGCGGCCGGGCGGCCGGGCGGCCGAGGCCCCCAGGCGGCUGGGGCGUCGGCGCGUUGGCAGCCUGUGAUUGGUGGAGCGGCCGGCCGCUCAGCGGUGUUGGCGCGGGUUUCGUUGCGGCCGCGCGCUCACUUUGGUUGAAGACGUCCUAUCGGUUCGUUGACGCGGUGCUCUGUUGUUCUCGCGUUCUUUGGUGCGUCUGAGGGAGGACGAAGGUUGACGGAGCGGAUGGCACCGGCUCGGAAGCGGCGCCGGACCGGCGUCGCUGAAGACACACCGGCGACCCGGCGCCCACGGCUGGGCCGGACUGUCUCUCCGGAGCCGGCGCCGGCUACGGAGGUGAUCCCGACUCAGCAGCCUGCUACGUCGGCCGAGGCGACUCAGGCUUCGCGUGACUCCGCCGGGACUGCCGGAACGGACCUGCAGGAAUUACAGCGCAUCGUACGGGAGGCGGUAGCCGAGGAGGUGGCACGGGCGAUGCCAGCGUUUCAGGGGACUGAUGCCCGGCGCAGAUCGGGAACCCACCCCUUGGGACUGGUCGGCCUUCGGCGACCUGCUGUAGUAGAAAGUCUCAUGGAUUUUGCUAUCGCUCGCUCCACGAAGACCGCGUAUGGCAAAGUGUGGGAGAGCGUAGCUUCGGUCUGCGAGUUCACCGGGAGCCAGUGGUUCCCGAUGUCGGUGGGGGCUGUUUUGGACUAUCUGGCCUUUCUUUUCGAGGAGGGUCGCAGUGCUUCGACCAUGUACUCUCACGCUUCGGCGAUCGCUUAUGGUCACAAGCGUAGGGGCCUGGCCGACCCCACGGUGGAUUUUCGGGUGCGGCAGGUUUUGGCAGGGGCCAAGAAACGGCGGCUCUCGAUGGAUGCGCGGAGGCCGCUUUCGCUGGACGAGCUGGGACAGCUGUGUGAUGCCUUGUAUCGAUUGGGUUUGGACAGGUUGGAGCGACUGGCUUUUAGGGCAGUCUUUUUGUUGGGUUUCUUUGGGCUGCUGCGGCCUGGCGAGCUAGUCUUGGGGGCUAGCCCAGGGCACACUAUACGCAUGUCCGAUGUCAAGCUGGCUGAUGGCGAGCUGAAUGUGACUAUCCCAUCCUCCAAGACUGCAGCGCGGCCGGCUACCAUCAGUUUGCAGGCACGGCCGUCUUUUGCGCUGUGUCCCGUUCGCGCCGCUUUUGAGUUUGCGGGGGCGCGGGGUGCGGCCCCUGGCCCGUUCUUCUUGGACAGGUAUGGGGUGCCGAUCACGUCGGGUCGUCUGUCGACGAUCAUGAAGCGCGCUGCGCGGGUCGCCGGCUUGGGCGACGCGGGAGUUUCAGGGCACUGCUUGCGCAUUGGUGGGGCCUCUCACGGAGCCCUUAAGGGCCUCUCGGAGCUGCAGCUGUCGGUAGCCGGCCGUUGGCGUUCCAACGCAGUCCGUCGUUAUGUGCGACGAACCACCUCUGUUCUGAGUGUCACGUAAGUCUCUGCAGGUGUGACCGUGUGUUUGGUGAAUCGGUGCGGGGUCAGGUCAGGUGUUUCAUUUGGUUGUUGUACGUCUGCGGGUUGGUCCUCGCUUCGGCAGCUUGCGUUUUUGGUGUGUGUUUGGAAGUUACACGUACUCUGUACUCCAUAUCUGGUGUGUGGGGGGUAAUAUAUCUUUGUUGGCAGCUUCCCUGUUCCCAUGCUGGUUCUUCCCGUGGACUUCGCGCCGGCGUGAGGUAAUCGCUUCCUUCUGCAAGGUACGUACUUAGCUGUGGAGAUCGCCGAUCCACCUUGGCGGUGGUGACGGCCAUUACAGUUUGGCGGGUUCUGUUUCCCCCGCAGUCUUGCGCUUUUUCGCUCUGUCCCCCAGGGGCGAUCACCGGGGGGGGGGGGGGGGGUCCCUGUAGUGGGCGCAUUGGUGUCUUGGGGGGAGGUCUGUAUUGGUGGGGGACACCAUUGCGCCUCGCGGUGGGGGGAGGGGGAGUGGUAGCCCGUUAGCUGGGCAGUCUCUGGUGAGACUUGUGUUGUUGUUUUUAUCCUGUGUGUUUCUCUUGGGCUGAAUAUACCAAUAGCCCCUGUUGUACAGUUGCGGUGUUUUUAUGGGGAUGGCUUUGGGGUAUGGAUGGCGCGACAGAGGUUGGUCUGAGUAGCCAGCUAAGACCCCCCUUUUUGUUUUUUGACAGCACGAAGAGGAAGAGAAAAAUGACUCGGUUAUAAUUGACAAGUUAUAACCGAUUUUUUCGCGACUCUUCGAGCGUCUCGUCUACUGGAGGCGGCCCGGGAUCGGGCCACCGGCGAGCACGGGCUUACGGCGGCCGGGCGGCCGGGCGGCCGAGGCCCCCAGGCGGCUGGGGCGUCGGCGCGUUGGCAGCCUGUGAUUGGUGGAGCGGCCGGCCGCUCAGCGGUGUUGGCGCGGGUUUCGUUGCGGCCGCGCGCUCACUUUGGUUGAAGACGUCCUAUCGGUUCGUUGACGCGGUGCUCUGUUGUUCUCGCGUUCCCCGCCCUCCCACCACUACUUGGGGGUCUUUUUUUUACACGCAU